AAAAAAUUAUUUUAUUUUCCCCUUAAUAAUAGGUACGUAAGGAGAAGCUUGGUGAUAGAAUUGCAGCUCUUCAGCAAUUAGUGGCACCUUUCGGCAAAACUGAUACAGCAUCAGUAUUGAUGGAAGCUAUUGGAUAUAUUAAGUUUCUCCAAGAUCAAGUUGAGACACUAAGUGUGCCUUACAUGAGAUCUUCCAACAACAAGAAAUCUAGAACAUCACAAGGGGCUGAAGCAAGCAAAGAGAAAGAUGAAGCCAAGCCAGACCUAAGGAGUAGAGGGCUUUGCCUCGUGCCACUGUCAUGCACGUCCUACGUCACAAAUGAGAAUGGAGGUGUUUGGUCUCCUCCUAAUUAUCAGGGAGGUACUUGAAAACGCAGGAUUACAUAAAAAUGUAGCAAUUAGAACAAAUUUGUAAAUGCAUGAUUUAAAUUUAAUUACAAAUCAUGUUGUUGUCGAUGGACCUUGAAAAAAUUCAAGGGAAUUUAUAGGUUGGAGCAAAUUUGGUCAGCUUGAGAUUAAGUUCUAGGAUCGAACAAGUUUGCUCCACUAUGAGUGAAUGAUGUAAAAGUUUUAUUCUCAGAUGUAGUACUACUUAUAUCAUUGCAUUGCUUCAAAGGAUAAAUAUAACAAAAUGGUGCUUUUA